GGUGUAUGUACAGUAUAGUGGAGCAGAGACGGUACAAAUACAGCCGUGUCUGCUACCUGUCUUCACUCCCACUCUCGUCGCUGUUGCCACUACUGCUGCUUCAGAUCCAUCUCUUACAACACCAAGAUGAAGUUUGCCCUGGCGGUGAUGGUGAUGCUGGCCAUGGUGGGCGUCAAUUACGCCUUCAGCUCCCAGGACCUGAGUUCUCGCAACCAGCAGAUGGACGAGGUCGAUGAGGAGGACUCUUACACGAGUGUACACCAACGCGUCCGUCGUCAAGAUGAGGACUAUGAAGAUGACUCUGACGAGAGCUCUGACGAGGACUCUAGCGACAGUGAAUCGAGUUCGGAAUCAGAAUCGGAAAGUGACGAGAAGUAACCAAUAGGACGUCUACUUGUACUACUGGCAACCACGGCGACCACCAACAAACAUCUCUCUCCCCUCCAAUCAACAGCUGUUUUAUCUCUCCCUCUCCUCCAAUCAACUGCUGUAUUCUAUCACUCCCUCUCCUCCAAUCAACAGCUGUUUUAUCACUCCCUCUCCUCCAAUCAACAGCUGUAUUCUAUCACUCCCUCUCCUACAAUCAACAGCUGUAUUCUAUCUCUCCCUCUCCUCCAAUGUUCAACAAGUGCUUGGUGAGACAACUAGACAAGCACAGGCCAGACAAACAUACACACUCACAGAAAAUGUAAACCUUCACAAGAAUGAAGAAACCUGAUUUUUAAGUUGUCAUAGUUAAGUUGUCAUUGUUUCAGGCAAAUAAUUGUUUUGUUAACUUAAUUUGUACUGUAUAUGUAUCCAAAAGAGAUAAAAAUAGCAUACUACUACUACUACUACUGCUACUACUAUGGAUUAUACUGUAAUGUUAAAAUAUAUUACAAAUAACACAUGUAUUCGUCAACAAAAAUCAAACUAAUAGCAACAACAAUAUGAACAUUUGAAACAACAUUUUAAUUAUAAUAAUAAUAAUAAUAAUAAUAAUAAUAAUAAUAAUAAUAAUAAUAAUAAUAAUGAGCAUUUUCCAUCACACUUAGAUGAUUAUCACAAGUAACUAAAAAAAAAGAUACAAAAUUAAUUGAUCCAGACCAAAUAUUGUAUAAAAUAAUUCAGUCAAUAAAAAUUUUCCUGAUCA